AUGGAUGAAGGAAUUGAUGAUAAAAGUUUAUUAAAAUUAAUUAAAUGCUCUAAUAAUCUUGAGUUAAAACAAAAUGAAGAAAUUGAAACGUUAGAAAUAUGCAUGGAAAGAUCAAUUAACCUUAAUAUAUUUGAUCAGUUUAAAAAUAUAAAAGAAUUAUAUUUAAUAAAAAAUAAUAUUACUGAUAUAAGCCCCCUCUUUAAGUGUGUAAAUUUAGAAAUUUUGUUUUUGCAAAUUAAUCAAAUUGAGAGUAUACUAGGAAUAAAGAGCUUGGUGAAGCUCGAAAAGUUAAACUUAUUCAAUAAUAAACUAACUGAAAAAUUUAUAAAUAUCGAAGAAAAUAUAAAUUUGACAUAUAUAGAUUUAAGCGACAAUCAAAUAGAAAAUAUCAAUUUUUUAUCUAAUACAAAAAGAUUGACACAUAUAAAUAUAGCUAACAAUAAAAUAAAAAAUUUAAACCCAUUGAAAAAUAACGAAAAUAUAGAAUAUUUAAAUGCUAGUGGAAACAGACUUCAAAAAUUUGAAGACGUACAAGUUCUUUGGCAUUUAACCCAUUUGAAAGAAUUAUAUUUAAACUCAAUAUAUUACAGAAAUAAUGCCCUGGCGAAUAGCAUAUUGUAUAAGCAUUACUUUUUUAAUAAUUUUCCAAAUUUACAAAUAUUAGACCAUGAAAUAAUUGUGGACAAGAAUAGAAAAAUAACGUUACGAGAUAUGGAAGUUUUAAAAAGCAUUAUUGAUUUUAAAAUAAAUUUAGUUCAAGAGAAAUAUUACAAAGAAAAAUAUCAUAUAUUAUUUAUAAAUAACAAAAAUAUAUGUUACCUAAACAAUGCAUUAAAGCCAUUUCAUUCCUAUUGCAAUAUAGAAGAAUUUCUCCAAAUUAAUCACGAUAAAAAGAAAUCCAUGCUAAAAAUAAAAGAUGAAAUAAAUUUUUUAUUAAGCGCAUAUACUUCCAGAUUUAAUUAUAUAAUGCGCCGAUUAAAAGAGGAGAAAAAUUUACAAAUAAAAUACAUCACGACAUCAAUGAACUCUUACUUCAACAUUUUUUUCAAAAACAUAACCACAGUCCAGAAUGAAUAUAAAAAAAUCGAAGACUUUAUUAAAUUAAUGUUCAAAUCAGAAACGCUGAAAAAUUAUUUUGUAGACGAUAUAAAAAUUGAAAAUAUAAUAAAAGUAAAAAAACUAAACCAUGGCCAACUGGAUGAAAUGAUAGAAAACCACUUAAAUAGUUUAAUUUACGAAAAAAAACUUCUUUUUUUGCAUCCAUACAAUUAUUGCAAAAUAAACAACUUUUUUGAGUUUGAUGAAGAGGAAAAAACAAGCGAAGACACGGAAAAAAAAAAGUUUUUUGAAAAAAAUUAUGUUUGUUCAUGCUACAAUAUAAAUCAUAUUUUAAAAACACUUAUUAAACUUUUUUUAGAAGAGGAUUGCAUAAACGAUUUGGUGCAUUUAAUUUAUUAUAAGAAAAAAAAAGAAGACUAUUUUAUAGAUUUGAAAAAUGAUAUAAACAUAAAAAAAAAAAUUAUGGCAUAUAAAAAAUUAGACUUUUUAGUAUUUCCUAUAUAUAUUGUUGAAACCUAUUUAUUCCCAAAUGAAUAUAAAGAAAUAUCUGCUUACAGCUCUCAAGAAUAUAAAACAAAUGAAAAAAAAGGAGACAAAGAAAAUGAAGAUAAAAAUUUUAACGAAUCUAAAUUUAAAAUUUAUUACACCUUACCAGUUCAUACAAAUUUAAAAUAUAUAGUAAAUGUUAGUUUGGUAAAUAAAAAUAAAGAAAAAAUUAAUGACAAACCGGAUAUAAAUAAAUCAAAUUAUGUUACUAAAAUAGAGAAGGAAAAAAGUAAGAAAAAAAAUUUCUUGGAGUAUAUCACGAUGGGAAAAAUGAAUACUAAUUCAAUUGGAAAUAAUAAAGAAAGAAAUAAUAACCCUUUUAUAGAUUGCUUCUAUUUUAACGAUAAAAUUAAGGACCAGUUUUUGCAAUAUGCUCUAGAUUUUGAUUCUGUAAACUUUUUUAAUAUUACAAAAUAUUUUAUCAAGUUAAGUAAAGUUAUAUGCGAAAUCCGAAAAAAUCUUUUUUUGCUCUUCUCCAAAGAAGGCAUAAAAUCGAUUAAUAAUAUUAACAACGUUGUUGAUAAUAAUGAAAAUAGUAUCCAUAUGAAGGAAAAGAUUGAGCUUAUAUCCUUAGAUGACCUUGAAAUUGUAAAAAAAAAAAAAGAGGAAUCGCUAGUUAGCGAUUUACCUUUACCAUCAAUUAAUCGGUGUAAUGAUGAUAACGAUAAUGAGACAAAUAAAAAAAAGGCGAACGUUUUAUUUUUAAACAAUUUGAACUUAAGCAAAAUAAGCCUAAAAUUGUUGCAUGAAAAAUUCAUAUAUUUAAAAGAAUUAUAUUUAAAAAAUAAUAAUAUACAUAAUUUAAAACAUUUUUUUCAAUAUAUAGAAGAAUAUGACAUGGAACAUUUAGAACAUUUAGAUUUAUCAUUUAAUUGUAUUUUUGAUAUUACACCUAUAUAUAACAAAUUUAAAAACCUAAUUCAUUUUGAUAUGUCAUAUAAUUAUCUUUAUGAUUAUAAACAAAUAAUGAAUUUUAGCAUAAAUCACCAAAAAAUACAAUAUUUAUCAAUUAAGUGCAAUUCUAUAUAUUUUAACCAAAAUUAUUAUGACCAUGUUCAUAUUCUUUUUCCAUCUAUAAAAAAAUUUAACGAUAUAGAACUAGUAAAUAAGUCAGAUUUAAACCUAAGACAAUAUUGCUUUUUAGAAGCACCUUUUGAGAAUAAUAUCCAUUAUACAGAUUGUGACGAUAAACAAACUAUAGAAUGUAGAUUUCUAAGUGAAACAGCUAUAGAUGAAGAGAUAAUAACAAUUCCAAACCAUCGAAAGUUGUACAAAGAAAUAAAUUUGAGUAACUAUAAAUUUUAUGUGACGAAAAUAGACUUAUCAAACUUGUAUAUGAAAUUUGAGCUAACCAAUUUACUCGAUUUUUCAUCUUUUCCAAAAUUGCAAGUUUUAAACUUAUCAAAUAAUGGGAUUGAAAACUUAAGUAACUUAAAAUUGCCCGAAAAAUUAAAAGUGUUAAAUUUAAAAAAUAAUAAAAUUGUAAGUAUUGAUAAUUUUAUAAAUGGAGAGUUAUGUUGUAUAGAAAAAAUAAUAUUAGACAAUAAUGAAAUAAAGAAUAUUGAUAAAAUAAAUGUGUUAAAAAAUUUGAAAAUAUUAAGGUGCUCAUAUAAUAAAAUAAGUAAUAUACCAAUAUUAAAUAAUUUAAAAUUAAUAGAAAUAAAUAUACACAAUAAUUUGAUAAAAGAUAUCACCAACUUAAUUUUAAUAAAAAAUAAAAAACAGCUUGUUUUAUUAAAUAUUUAUAAUAAUAAAAUUAAUUUCUCAAACCUUGAUUUAUAUUUAACACAUAUAUUCCCUAAUCUGUUAAUAUUAAAUAAUAAUUAUGUAGAAAGAAAAAUAGACACAAAAAAAAUUUUUAAAAGUGUAUAUACUCUUGAUAUAUUUUUUGAGAUAUAUAAUAUUUACCCCCCUUAUACAUCAUUAAAAGUUUUAGAAAUUAAAAAUCUUAAAAUUAAAAAUAUAUUAUUUAACAUAAACAAUGACAAUUUUAAAAAUCUUGAGAUCCUAAACGUUUCCAACAAUUACAUAAACACAAUUAAAAAUCUGGGGCCUUUGGACAAUCUCAGGGUUCUAAUCUUAAACAACAAUAAGCAUAUAAACGAAGAUUCGUUCAUUUGUGAAAAUAAGAAGAAUGCGCUAAAUUCUUUUAAAUCUUUACAAGAACUUGAUAUAGGGUUUUGUAUAAUAUCUAAGACUUGUUUUUUCAAAAAUUGUGAAAAUUUACAAAAUUUGAAGAACUUGAAUUUAGAGGGGAAUAAUAUAAAUUUAUUAAAACAUUUGAAUUAUUUGAAAAAUCUUGAAAUUUUGAAUUUGUCAAAUAAUAAAAUAUCCAAAGUAUGCUCAAACUCAUUUCCCCAGGCUUUGAAAAAUUUGAACAUAUCUAACAACCUAAUAAGAAAUUUGAGUGAAUUUUGUGAAAUGGAAAAUCUCGAAAUUUUAGACCUUCGUGUGAACAGAAUAGACAAUAUUGACGAAUUUAAACAUUUGAAAAAUUUAAAUAAUUUAAAAGAAUUAUAUUUGAGCGGAAAUAGAAAAAUAAAAGAACAUUUUAUCACUAUUAAGGAUAUAUUAAACCAAGUAAAAUAUUUUGAUACACGAAUUAUGAAAGAUCACGAAAAUAUUAAACAUGAAAUAGAAGAAAAAGUGGAAAAAAAUUUAACACCUAAAAAUGAGAUUAACAAAAAAAUCACAUUAACGACUGCAAAAAAUAAAACCACAAAACUCUUCAAAAAAGUUGCCAUCAAAAAUACACAAUUAAAAAGGGUCAUAAAAAACAAAAACAGUUUUGAUACGAAGAUAGGCAAAAAAAACGAUUUUGUUGUAAUAGGAAAAAAAAUUACAAGCAAAGGAAACUAUUAA